CGAAAGGAGGAGGACCGAAGGCUGAUGACAACAGGGCGCCGUCUCCCGAGUGAUGGAAGAGCGCGCUGCCUCGCCGCCUCCGCCGCUCAGCUCCGGACUCCUUACGUCAGGGUAGCUGGGUCACCCCUCCGCGCAGGAGCCAGCGAGCAGCCGGAGAGCAGAGCAGAGCGCGCAGCGGAGCCCGGGCGCCCUCACUACGCACCGAGCCCCGCGGAGUCCCGCUGAGCCCCACUUAGCGGGACAGGAGGCAGCAUCGCCGAGUCCGCUCCGGACGCCUCAUCAGCACCAGUGCUCCCCAGAUACCGCCGCUCCGACUCGUAAGGCGCGUGGUUAGUCCUGUGCGCCCCGGCCAUGCGCUCUGGGCUCCGCGGCUCUUCUGAGCAGCCCUCGCGCGGUGGGCACCCGCGACUGGCCCAGGGCGCCUCUCGCUGAAGUAGUUGGGUUCCCGGAGCAGGGGUCAACACGUCGGGGGUGCGGCCGGGAUCCGCGGAGUCGGCCCCCGAACGCGGGGAGCCGGGCCGCCCGCGCCGCCCCACCAUUACCUCCCCGGGAGGCAAGGAGGAGCUGGUGGCUGUCGCUUCCCGGCUGUGGCAGCGGCGGCGGCGCGCCUGCCUGGCGGCCGUCGGCGUGCUCCUAGCCAUGGCUCUGGGGCUGCUCAUAGCGGUGCCACUGUUGCUGCAGGCGGCGCCCCCCGGCGCGGCGCACUACGAGAUGAUGGGCACCUGCCGUAUGAUCUGCGACCCAUACAGCGCCGCACCCGGCGGAGGGCCCGCGGGCGCCAAAGCGCCGCCGCCCGGACCCAGCACUGCCGCCCUGGAAGUCAUGCAGGACCUGAGCGUCAACCCUCCGCCCCCUUUCAUCCAGGGACCCAAGGGCGACACAGGGCGACCCGGCAAGCCAGGGCCGCGGGGGCCCCCUGGAGAGCCGGGCCCCCCUGGACCCAGGGGUCCCCCGGGGGAGAAGGGGGACUCGGGGCGGCCCGGGCUGCCAGGGCUGCAGCUGACCGCGGGAGCAGCAGGAGGUGUCGGGAUGGUGGGUGGCGGAACUGCGGGCGGCGGCGAUUCUGACAGCGAAGUGACCAGCGCACUCAGCGCCGCCUUCAGCGGUCCAAAGAUCGCCUUUUACGUGGGUCUCAAGAGCCCUCACGAAGGCUACGAGGUGCUCAAGUUCGACGACGUAGUCACCAAUCUCGGUAAUCACUACGACCCCACUACAGGCAAGUUCAGCUGCCAGGUGCGCGGCAUCUACUUCUUCACCUACCACAUCCUCAUGCGCGGCGGCGACGGCACCAGCAUGUGGGCAGAUCUCUGCAAGAACGGGCAGGUCCGGGCCAGCGCCAUCGCACAGGACGCCGACCAAAACUACGACUAUGCCAGUAACAGCGUGGUGCUGCACCUGGAUUCUGGGGACGAGGUGUAUGUGAAGCUGGACGGUGGGAAGGCGCACGGAGGCAAUAACAACAAGUACAGCACGUUCUCGGGUUUUCUUCUAUACCCAGACUAAGGGCGCAGAGAGCGCGAGGUGGGGUUGCUUUAGGCCGCCCUCUGCCCACGGGGGCGCGCUGUUCCCUGGCAAGGAACACUCUCGCUUCAUGAUACUUCCAGACAUCGUUGGAAAAGACACAUCCCUGCUGUCCUCCCUGCCCCAGUCCUGGCCUCAGUGUGUCUGCGACUCACCACCUCUGGGCAGUGCUCCUGGUCCCUGUCCCCAACCCAGGGAGGGAGAGGGUGACGCCCAUAUGGUGAGAUGAGCUUGAACCUGAAUCCCGUAGGCAGCCGGCAGCGGCGCAAUGGCGGCGGCACCAGCGGCGGGGGCAGUGCAGAAUUUGUAAGCCUGAUUGGACUGGACAGGACGGGCAGGACGCCUGUCUUCUUCCAGUCCCCCUCCUUCUCCGAGCGCCCUAAGACCGAGGCCUUCCAGCCCUGGCCAGCGAGGUAGGCCGAAGCGAACAUGAGCUCCCUGGGGCGUCCUUCAUAACCCGAAAUACGUGUGCAGAUUUCCCUGUCCAUCAGCCAAAACCCCACCCGCAGCAGAAUCCCAGCAAAGAGAAAAUUCGCCUCUCCACAAACUCCUUCUUCAGUCCCACAACAAUGCAUUAAAUUAUGUUUUUAGACUA